AUGAGGAAAGAACCGCUAUUAACCCAGCUCGCUUCGAGCCCUCGGGCGCUGAAGAGAACUUGUUCCAUCUCACAAUCGCCUGAGCAGACGGCGUCUCCCGCCCGCCGCGCGUCCUCGCUCGUCCCGUCCCGCGUCGCGUCCGUCGCGGCAAACCUAACGCUACACAAUGCAACUCACGCGCUCCGUUCGCUCUUUUUUCUCUCCGCGUCCGCAGGCAGGCGCUCGCUCCUCCGAAGAGCAGCCGGGAAUCGUCGUUCCGUCUCGCGACGACCGACCGACCGACCGAACGUCGACGACGUCGACGACGUGCGGCGCACGCCGCCGCGGCACGCCGUGAGGUUCGCACCGCGCCCCCCCCGCGCGUCCGUCGCCGUUCCGUUCCGCCCGGUCGGUUCGCGCGCGGCUCUUCGAACGAACGAACGAACCGACGACGGCGACGCCGCUCGCGAGGAAAUGAGGACACUCUUUCCCCAAUCGAUCGACGCUGAGACUAACAAGGCCACCUCCACGCCGGAGGAUAAACUUGCCAGUUUUAACUGA